AAUUAAUUUGGAUAGUAUUUACAAAAUAUUAUCGAUAUGAUGAAAGCAAAAGAUCACUAUAUAAACCAUUAAAAUUCUCUGACCAUUAUUAGUCUUCAAUUUGAGUUGAAUCAAGAAACAUUAAAAAACACCAACAUUUAACAAAAAUGUCUUCAUAUAAAUCGAUUUUGGUAGUAUUUGUUGUUGCCUUAGUUGCUCUUCAAGUAUUCGCUGAUGAUUCCGAAACCCCGAGAGGAGGUUAUGGUCAUCAAUCAGGACAUGGUAGCCAAGGUGGUCAUGGUCAACAUGGAUUAGGUGGAAACGGUUAUAAUAAUCAAGGACAUGGCAACAGUGGUUACAACCAAGGUCAUGGUCAGGAACAUGGCCAAGGAUAUGGUCAUGGUCAAGGACAUGGCCAAGGUCAUGGUCAUGGUCAGGAACAUGGCCAAGGAUAUGGUCAUGGUCAAGGACAUGGCCAAGGUUAUGGACACGGUCAGGGACACGGUCAGGGACUUGGUGGCAACAGCGGUUACAACCAUGGACAUCAUGAUCAUGGUCAUGGUCAUCAUUAAUUAUUGUUAAUUUAUUAUAUUUUUUUUUAAAACUACUCGUAAUUUAUUUUUUAAAUAUUAAUAAAAAGUAUUAAACAUAAAAA